GUGUCCGAUAGCAAAUUCGUCGCGUUCCUUCUCGGUCUCCGGUUGUGGAAAAGCUGCAUGCAAAACCGUGUAAUGCAGUGAGUCUCGUGAUCGUGACCUGUGAAGCAAUCUAUCGGUACAGCAUGUGUCGGCAGUCGUGGUGAAAAAAAAAUUUCAGCCCCCAGUUCAUCUCUAGUGGCAGUUGUGUUCGCCAAUAGGGCACGGUCCUAUGCCGAAUAACGCGCCGGACAGUAGCGUACCACUAGAGUAUCCGGUUACGGUAAAAUUGCCACCGUCAUCCUCGGGUGGCAUCGUGUUCACCAGCAGACCGUAGACAGAUAGACAGUCGAUCUGCAGCCGGAUCUUCUCGCCCAUCAAAUAGCAGCUGCUGUGCGGCUUAAUGAUCGACACACUAACCCCGCGGCAGUCGUCGACGGUGAUGGUAACCCUUUGAUUGGGGCAAAGCAAACCCUUCGCGACACGGAUUCGGAUUUAAUUAACGCUUACGGCAUCGGUUGAUCGAGCAUCGACAAAGGCACACACGCAUAGACAUACGCACAAAUAUACAUAUACGUGUUCAUCAACCUAGCGGAAGUAGAGAAAAUUGAAUUCGGCAGCGGAAGUAGAGAAAAUUGAGCAGCGGACGCGUCAACAACUGAUGCACAAACAGGAGAGUCAAGCAGUCAACUAGGAACGAAGAGGAAGUGGUGUAACGGUUGCGAUAGUAGUCUCUUCCGGCGGAGAAACACUUGCGGUGCUAAGUCCGUGCGGACAGGACUCCGUGUAGGCAACAGUUUUUGGUCCGGUGGGAGGCAAUAGAAACACAAGAUGAACGAACUGGAGGCGCUGCGGCAGGAGGCGGAAACGCUGAAGAACGCGAUCCGCGAUGCGCGGAAGGUGGCCUGCGAUACGUCGCUGGUGCAGGCGACGAACAAUCUCGAGCCGAUCGGGCGGAUACAGAUGCGCACGAGGCGCACCCUGCGGGGCCAUCUAGCAAAGAUCUACGCGAUGCACUGGGGCAGCGACUCCCGGAACCUGGUGUCGGCCUCGCAGGACGGCAAGCUGAUCGUGUGGGACUCGCAUACCACCAACAAGGUGCACGCCAUCCCGCUGCGCUCGUCCUGGGUGAUGACGUGCGCGUACGCCCCGUCCGGUAACUUUGUGGCGUGCGGCGGUCUGGACAACAUCUGCUCGAUCUACAACCUGAAGACGCGCGAGGGCAACGUGCGCGUGUCCCGUGAGUUGCCCGGCCACACCGGCUACCUCUCGUGCUGUCGGUUCCUGGACGACAACCAGAUCGUGACCAGCUCGGGCGACAUGUCGUGCGGGUUGUGGGACAUCGAGACGGGCCAGCAGUGCACCUCGUUCCUGGGGCACACCGGCGACGUGAUGGCGCUCUCGCUGUCGCCCCAGUGCCGGGUGUUCGUUUCCGGCGCGUGUGACGCCUCGGCGAAGCUGUGGGACAUCCGCGAGGGCCAGUGCAAGCAGACAUUCCCGGGCCACGAGAGCGACAUCAACGCAGUCACCUUCUUCCCGAACGGGCACGCCUUCGCGACCGGUUCCGACGACGCCACCUGCCGGCUGUUCGACAUCCGGGCCGACCAGGAGCUGGCGAUGUACUCGCACGACAACAUCAUCUGCGGCAUCACGUCGGUCGCGUUCUCCAAGUCGGGCCGCCUGUUGCUGGCCGGCUACGAUGACUUCAACUGCAACGUCUGGGACACGCUGAAGGCGGAACGGGCCGGCAUCUUGGCCGGGCACGACAACCGGGUGUCCUGCUUAGGCGUCACGGAGAACGGUAUGGCCGUGGCGACCGGCUCCUGGGACUCCUUCCUGCGCGUUUGGAACUAAAUGCGUCCGAUGCGGGAAAGAAACCCAAACUUACUAGCGCCUUGCGCACCCAACCAACAAUAGCGCGUCGCAAUGCACCAACCAAAAGAAACGAGAAGGGAACAGGGCGGGAAGUGGUCAAGCCGAGAGUAAAGUUUGAGGUUUCGAGAAUUAGUGACCGCUGUUUUGAGCCGGCCGAGGAACCAAUCGACCAGACCCCGCAAACCAUGGC